AGCUUCUUUUUCAAAGGACUCAAGUCGCCCGUGUAGCUCGUCUCGCUCCUUCUCGAUCAAACAUGGGGUGCUGUGUCAGCAAGGCGCAUCCCGUGACGCCCGUGAAUCAGGUCGCCUCAAAGGUGACUGGAAACGUAUCAGAGGCGGUUGCGACCCAAUCGAAAGCAUCUACUGCACUUGGGUCCUCUGAGAUGGAUGAUGCAGAGGGCGGGGAAGGAGAGACGAAGGUAUCCACUUUGGAGGCAGAUACCUCCGAUAUCUUGGUGCAAGACUUUCACCAUGAUGUGGACGAGAAGGAACCAGCAUUUUUCAGCAGCUGCUGUGUGUGAGAUCCAGAUCCGAUGUUAGGCGAAAAAAUCAGAGCUCUGUGGGCCCCGCGGGCAAAUGUAGUUCACCAGCAGAUGCAUAUCACCAGCAGAAUACGAUCA